UCGGAUAGUUUCGCAUUAAUGGCCCCCUAUCAACUUCCCGCUUGAAAACACAAAAGCCAAAUGUCCAAGAUUCAAUUUCUGUGAUGUUAUAAACAAAAACACUUUUUUUAGAAAAGUUUUAAUUAGUUUUAGAACUGUAAUUUUCAUAUCAAGAUAUGAAGUUUCGUGCUAAGCUUGUUGAUAUCGGCUGCAUUCAACAGUUUACUAAAGUGCUCUCAACUGUCAGCAAAAUAUCUAAGACAUGCACACUGAGGUUAUCUCAAGAUCAAGUUGUAUUGACUCAAAAUGAAAAAGCUGUCAAUGGAGGAACAAGUUUUUGGUGUGAAAUGAAUCAGGUUGAUUACUUUGAUGAAUAUCGAAUUGAAGGAAAAGAUGAGAAAAACGAAAUUUAUCUGGAAAUUAAUAAUGAAAAUGUUUUACGUGCAAUGAGAUCUGGUCACACUGCCCAGUUUAUUAAAAUCAAGCUUACAAAAAAACAAACACCCUGCUUGACAUUUGAAAUCACUUUGUCCUCUCUUACUGCCCACACGCGCAAUGUCAUCCAUGAUGUUCCUGUUGCAGUAAUUCCUACGAGGUACUGGGACGAUUUUAAGAAACCAACUUUGCCCAACUAUAAUAUUAAGAUUCAUACGCCAAACCUUAAAAUAAUGAAGAGUGUUGUUGAAAGAAUGAAAAACAUCAGCGGCUUUAUGGUGAUUACAGCUUUGCAAAAUGGAGAGCUGUGUUUCAAGGUUGAAACAGACGAAGUUACUGCGUCAACUUACUUUCAGAAUAUGCUAGUAGAACCCAAUGAAAAGAGCACACUUGUAGAGCAUGAUAUUGAUGAUACUGAAUCUGUAGGAGCCCGUGUUGACAUCCAAAAAUUGUUAUCAUUUCUUCACGCUCAAUUAUUAAAUGCCACAAAAACAAUUUGCGCAAUUGUUGAUCAAAAAGCUGUACACAUGUUCGUAGAUUGCAAUGAUUUGCUAUUUCAGUAUUUUAUCCCUUCUACAAAUAUAUCUAUUACAUAGACAACUCCAUAAAGCACAUUAUGAAUCACCGAGAUACUACCUUUACAAAACCUCUUCAACAAUUAACUUUUUUUUCUGUUGGUAGACAGUCUUUUGUAUUAUUUGUGUUAAAAUUGACUUUAAUUGCAGUGUUUAUUAAGUUAUUUUUGA